AUGGAUAUUAUGAUUUAUUAUCGUUUACAAAACUUCUAUACUAUUUUAAUAUCGCUUAUGUCAAUAUUUAAUGUUUCAUUUAUCUAUAUGAUUGAUGAAAAUAAUGAAGAUAUUAUAAAUGAAGCUACAGAUGAAUAUUCUGAAACAGUUACCGAAGUACUAUUAGAUCCAGCUGUACAGAUUGAAUGUACGCAUUUAUUUAUUUUACAAAAAUAUAUUCUCAUUGAAACAUUUUUGAAAUUAUUAGAUGUUCAAAUAGAUAUGCGUAUUGUACAUACUAAUAAUCAAAAUUAUAUAGGAUUUGGACAAACUCAACUUUGUUAUCCAGUUCAACUAUUAUUUAUUAAGAUUCAAAAAUUGAUUAGUAGAAUAUAUUAUUAUAAAUUUCAUAUACUUCUUGGUAUUUGUAGUUGUAUAUAUGUUCAAUAUUAUGCUACGAAGAUCGAAUUAUCAAUUAAUAAAAGUUUAGAAAUAUAUGAUAAGCUAAUACUUAUUCCAUUAAAUAAUACUUAUCAAGAUCUUAUUAUGAACGAAGAACAUGUUUCUUCUAAUAUUAACUCUACAGUAGAGAGUAAAGUUGAUGUUGUUAUUAAUGAUGAAAUUACUAAUAUUGUAAAAAAUAAUGAGUCAAAUAUCAAAGACAUGUUAAAAGUAAAUUCUGAAAUAAUAUUAAUCGAUAAUUUAACAUGCACAUUAUAUAAUCCAUUUUUAUAUGCUUUUACAAAAUCAUUUUGUUGGAAAGAUGAUAUUAAAGAUUUUAGUCCAGCUGAACCGCCAGAUGAUACACAUUCGUUUUAUGAUAGUAAUAAAAAGAAACUAAUGAAUCUUGUUGAGAAUAGUAUAACUCCUGUCGAAAAAGCAGAUGAAUUAUUAUCAUGUUUUCAAAAAUUUUUUAUUGAUAUACUUAAUGACGAACAAUUACGUCAACAACGUCUGAUGAAUGAAAAUGCCAUAUCAGAAACCGCAUCAAUAGAUGUAUUAUCUGAUCAAAUAUUACAAGAUGAAGAAAAUGCUAUCGAUGAAGAUAAAGUCGAUGAUGAAAAAUUUAUACUUCCUACUUAUUUAAUGGGUAUGCAUUUUGAAAAACAACGAAAUCAUGUCUGUCCUGAUCAAGAAUAG